UCUCUCUCUCUCUCUCUCUCUUUGUGUCUCUCUCUAUCUCUGUGCCUCUGUGCCUACCUGCAUGUUCUCUGCCCACCCCUUCUUAUCUUUGCCAAAAUGUACCAGAACCCAUGGAUCUCCAACUAUCUCAGCCAUGUCAAGUUCUGUCAAGGCAUCACAAAGCAGACCACCACCACCGCUGGCAGACCUAAGCCAUCACAAAGGGCUCUUGGCUUCCAGAAAAAGCUCUCGUUUGAGGAUAAAGGCAGAGUAGCCCAGUCCAACCAGGCUGUUGAUGAUAAACCACUGGCCAGUGUGCACAAAGUCUCGGAGUUAAGGAAACGAUUUGAAAGCAUCAGCGCAAAUAAGAGAGACUGCUGGGACAUGAACAGGAAGGAACGAAUUGCACGGCGCCUAGAAGGGAUUGCUGGAGAUAUCCAGUUAUCCCUUCCAAGCACUGGUCUGGUCACCCAUCGGCUGCUGGAGGAGGACACGCCCAGAUAUACCCGUGCAGCGGAUUCUUGUGACCCAUGCGCAGCUUGCAUUUUCCCUUUAGCUCCUCUCCAGCACUUCAGCAGAGAUGAGUCUGCUGGGUCUGACCUGUAUGGCUCAGGGUGUGUGCCCAAGUCCCGGAUGCAGCCGGAGACGCAGACGGCCCACUCCGAACCUGCCUACGACCCCAACUCCGCCGGCACAGCUGGCUUGGAGUCCAAAUUGGAGCGUAUUGCCCGCUACAAAGCGGACCGCCGGCGCCAGCUGGCCGAGCGCUACCGCGUCUCGCUGGACGAAGCCGCAGACGUGGACCGCUCCAGCCACCGCUCUCGAAUGUGGAGGGAGCCCAAGGGCUCCGAGCCCCAGUGCCAGCAGCAGGUGGACAUGGGCGAGCAAGCAGAGCGAGACGCCCAUGUGUUCCACCCCCAGGCCGGUAAGGGGGACGCAGAGCGGGACUACAGCAGGGAGCGGGCCAACUCGCUCUCCGAGCAUGAGAGGAGGAUGAACCUGGAGAACCAGAGAAGGGCGCAGGACAUGGGUGGGGUGCAUGGCGCUGGGGCCCCAGCCCCUGACCCUUCCACUGCUUACAUGGACACUUCAGAGUGUGCCAGAGCUCUAGCUAGGGAGCAGGCGGGGACAGGUGGUGUCCCUGGCUCACCCAAGGCAGGCCGAGCCGCCAAGCAGGCAGCUUCCCCUGGGGAUUUGUUCAUUGAGCAGCAAGCCCACAAUGUCCUCCACAGACAAGGCUCCCAUAGCCAGACAGCAAGCCAAUGGUCACUCCAGACCGAUUCGGAAGGAGACACGAUUUCCCCAAUCAACUGGCCCUCCAGAAUCCGAGUUAGGGAAAGGCUGGCAAGCGAUGAACCAUCACACAGGAACCUUAAGCAGGGCUCCACAUCAGAGGUGCCUGCGUACCACCGUAAGCCCUGCUACCCAACCCGCUUGGCCUACCAGGGACGGCCAAGCCCCCACCUCGCCUACCAGCCAUCCCAGCUGCAGCACUUCCAUGCUGGGCAGGCUGAGUUCCAAGACCCUGGCUGUCUUGGCUACCUCUCCAUGGGCAAUGAGCCCAGCCCUAAGGUUUGGCAGGAAGCAGACGUGGGAGUGGAAGAAGUGGAGAUUCUAAGGGAGGGGAGGCAAGACCUGCGGGCAGAGAGGCUUCUGCACAGCAGGAAAGCAGUUUUGCCCUCCACAGUCCAAAUGAGGGAGAGAAACGCUCACUACCAGCGUGGCAGGUCUGAGGACAUGAAUCUGCCCUCGGUCAACCGGGGUGGAGAUGCACCCAGCAGAGACGGAGUAUCUGAAGAGCCUAGCGGGAGAUGUGGCAGUUGGUCACGGAGGGAAGAGAAUACAGAGCAUGUGUCCCGACUUCAGGCAGCUGAAGCAAUGCAGGCUAGAGCCAGACAAGUCCAGGACCGGCUGGAGGGCUCGCAUCACCAGCAGGGAACCAGCCAUCCACCAUUCCAGGCCUCCAUGCAAGCCCAUGCCCCACCAUCCAAUGGACGAUGGGCUCCAGGUCCAGCCAGUCACCUCUCUUAUUACGUAUCAGAGCCAGAGAAUACCCAUGCCUCUCCUGCUCCUGCAGUACCCACCCAGGAAGCCAUCCACUGCAAAGAGCCUGUCUCUCAGGCCAGCGUGGCCAACAGAGAUCACUCCCCUGUUGAUGUGAAGGUUUCUGUAGCCCAGCUCCGCCACUCCUAUCUGGAGAGUGCCGCAAGCGCCCAGAAGCCUGGACACCAUCAGGCAGAGUGCUUUCCUGCCAUCGCUGAAGUGCCCUGGAGAAGCGGGAGAGCGUCCCGUCGGCCCCGGAAGUACAUAUUGCCCUCUGAGAGUAGAAAGACCUCAGAGAGGUUUAGAACACAGCCCCUCACACUGAGUGAGCAGCUGGAGACCAGUCGGUGUUGCCUAAUCUCAGAAGCACAAAUGACAGAAGUGGAUGAGGAGAAGUUGGAUGAGAGAGCAAAAAUGAGUGUUGCUGCCAAACGUUCUCUCUUCAGGGAACUGGAGAAGCGCGUGGAUACUGUUGCUCUGAAGCCACCGGGUUAUAGCGGUGCAUCUACACGCAGACUGAGACGAGGUCAGGACCGCUACCGCACCCAGCCCGUCACCUCAGAGGAAGUAGUCAGCGCUGCUACUGUCCCUGGUCCGUUGUCACAGACUGUGUCUGUUCGUUCUUCAGUAGCGCGCACUUCUAGUCCCACUGUAGUCAGCAGCACAGGCACCACACCCAGCUCUGUGGUACGGGAGCAGGAGUGUAGGCUGAGUCAGGAGCCAGCCGAGGUAGAGGGAGCACGCCGGCCCAUCCCUGAUGCGGAAAGCCAGGAGGAGCCGGACCAAUCCACGCUCAGCCUGGCGGAGAAGAUGGCCAUCUUCAACAGACUGACCCAGAAGCCUGUCCUCAACCCCGCUGCGCGCAGAGACGGCCGGGCGAGGCGUGGGAACGCCCGCUACCAGACCCAGCCCAUCAUCUCUGGAGAGGAUUGCUCGGACUCCGACCUUUCUGAGGAGGAAGUGCGGCGCUCAGAUGGACUGAGUGAACUGGACUAUGUUGAAGGUGUGUCGUCCUUAAGCACCUCCUCUUCAGCCAUUAGAUCUUCCACAGUUUCCACGGCACAUGCUGGUGACCUCCACCUGACCACUCCCAACAUGUCCAGCAUAACCUAUGACCAAAGAACCCUCCCUUCCUGGCAUCAAUCACAAACUGUUACGCCCGUCCAGAACUUGAAAGGGCCCUCUGAACCAUCUGCAGUCCAGAGCGAGGAGCCUAACUUGGGUAUUGGCAAGAGGAAGCACCCCUCUCCGGAAAGUGUGAAGCAGCCAGCCAGAGAGUGGGAUGGACCAAAGGGACACAGCCAGGAAGCAGUGACCUCCUGGGAUCUUCAGGACACGGACAGUCAACAGGGGUCAACAACAGCAGUGCCAGGUCUUCCUGAGCAGACAGUUGCAGCAAAAGGCAUAGUAGCGGUGGCUGCAUCACAGCCCAUGAGCUGGAGCGCCUCUCUCACGCAGCAUACACACGCUCAGACACACACUCUGCAGUCGCCCGAGUCCGGACGGCCUGCUGCUGAGGACGGUGAAGGGAAUCGAGAGAGAUUGCAGGACUUGUACGCGGGACAGGAGGACGAGCUCUCCGACAUUAUGUCAUCCAAGCAAAUAUCUAUUAAAGACAGACUGGCUCUGCUGAGGAAGAGUGGUGAGGAAGACUGGAGAAACAGGAUCAAUAAGAAGCAGGAUGUUGUGAAAGUGGCCAUUUCAGAGAGGCAUGCUCAGCUUUGGGAGGUGGAGCAGACAUUUAAGAAGAAGGGCAAUGGGAUUAUAGAUGACUUUGCAGUUUCUGAUCAGCUCUGGGAACCUGUCUUUUCUUCCACUCUUUCCUGUGCCUCUGAGUCUCUGGAUCCCAUUGAUCCCCCACCACAGGCCAAACCCCUGCUCGUGCAGGCCGAUGAACGUCACCCCUGGAGAAGGAAGAGGAUGGCAGGUGAGGAAGAGGAGGCCCAGAGGAUUGAGCGCAUGCAGAUGUCCAUCCAGGAGCGCAAGCAGCUCAUUACAGCUCAAGAGAGUGCCUGGAAGGUCAAAGGUCAGGGAGCGGCCAAUGACUCCACCCAGUUCACCGUGGCUGGACGUAUGGUCAAGAAAGGACUUGCAGCCCCUGAUGUGCUUGUAAAUCCCGGAUUGUCUUCUGCACCCUUCAAAAACAAGAAUGCUAUUUCCAAACCUCAGGAAGAGAUUGAGGUUAGGCAAGACAUGAAACUGGAGUCAGACAAGAAGUUGGACAAGCUGGAGUCCUUCCUGGGUCGGCUCAACAGUAAAGUGGACGGAUUUCAGGAGACUACACUUACAGUCACUGAGAAGUCAGUUAAAGAGGUCAUGACCCUGGAUGAUGAGUGCUUUGAUAAGUUCUACAAACACACAGAGGAGCUUGUCAACGUUGCCAGCAAAGUGGAGAUCGACGAUGACUUUGAUGCCAUCUUUGGAGCUCAGAUGCCCAAGCUGACCUCAGAGAUGGUGCAGCAUAAGCUGGCGGUGCGUCCAGCGCGAAACGUGCAGGCGUCGAGGAACCCUCUGAAGCAGCUUGCAGCCCGUGAUGACCUGAGACAAGAAUACACAGAGCAGAGACUCAACAUUGGCCUGCUGGAGAGCAAGAGGAUGAAACAGGAGAAGAUGAGUAAGAGCAGUGGGUUCUCAGCUGUGGCUCUGGCUGGUUUGGCCAGUAAGGAGAACUUCAGCAGUGUGAAUCUACGCAGUGUGAAUAUGACUGAGCAGAGCUCCCACAAUAGCCACAUGCCCUACAAGACUACCAUGCUCAUCCAGGUCAAAGGUCGACGGCACGUCCAGACCAGGCUAGUUGAGCCCAGAGCUUCUUCUCUGAACAGUGGCGAUUGUUUCCUCCUGGUCACACCCCACUUCUGCUUCAUCUGGAUUGGAGAGUUUGCAAACGUCAUUGAGAAGGCCAAAGCCUCUGAGCUGGCCACCUUCAUCCAGACAAAGCACGACCUGGGCUGCAGAGCCUUGUAUGUGCAGGUUGUCGAAGAGGGGAUCAACACACACAGCCAUGCAGCCAAGGACUUCUGGAAGAUUCUGGGAGGACAGAGCAGCUACCAAGCUGCAGGGACUCCAGAGGAGGAUGAGUUCUACGAGAGCGCCAUAGUUGAGACGAACUGCAUCUACAGGUUGCAGGAGGACAAGCUGGUGCCUGAUGAUGAUUACUGGGGUAGAAUGCCACGCUGCACCAUGCUCCACCCCACAGAGGUUCUGGUGUUUGAUUUUGGCAGUGAGGUGUAUGUAUGGCAUGGUAAAGAGGUGACACUGGCACAGAGGAAGGUAGCUUUUCAGCUGGCCAAGCACCUGUGGAACGAGACGUUUGACUACACAACCUGCGAUAUCAACCCCCUCGACCCAGGAGAGUGCAACUCCCUUAUCCCCAGGAAAGGGCAGGGUCGUCCAGAUUGGGCUGUGUUUGGUAGGCUGACCCAGCAUAAUGAGACUACGCUGUUUAAGGAGAAGUUUCUAGACUGGAUUGACUCCAGUAAGGCUUCAAAGAAGAACGGCGACACACAAGCCAUAGAUCAAAAGGAGGUACACAGUGGAGAUUGCCAGCCAUACAACACCUCUCUAAUGUUGCCGCUGUCACACGCGCCUGUUCGGACCAUUCUAGAAGGAGUAGACGUGGGUCGGGGUUACGGCUUGGUGGAGGGAGCUGAAGGGCGAAACUUUGAGAUCAGCACUCUGUCUGUUGAUGUGUGGCACAUUCUGGAAUUUGACUACAGUCGCCUGCCUAAGCAGAGCAUUGGGCAGUUCCAUGAGGGAGACACAUAUGUUGUUAAAUGGAAGUACAUGAUCAGCACAGCAGUUGGAAAGAGGCUGCAUUCAGAGCGGAUCAUUGGUCCGGGGAAGGAGAAGUGUGCCUAUUUUUUUUGGCAGGGUCGUAACUCUACGGUUAGUGAGAAGGGAACUUCAGCUUUGAUCACUGUGGAGCUGGAUGAGGAGCGAGGAGCACAGGUCCAGGUGCAGCAAGGAAAGGAGCUUCCCUGUUUCCUUCAGUGUUUUAAUGGAGGGAUGAUUAUUCAUGCAGGAAAGAGAGAAGAAGAAGAGGAGAAUACACAGAGUGCCUGGCGGUUGUACUGUGUAAGAGGCGAGAAGACUGUUGAGGGCCACCUGCUGGAGGUGGUGUGUCACUGCAGCAGCCUGCGCUCUCGGACCUCCAUGAUUCUGUUGAACAUCCCCAAAGCCAGCAUUUACCUGUGGCACGGCUGCAAGGCCCAGAGACACACGAAAGAUGUGGGCCGCACCACCGCAAACAAGAUUAAAGAGCAGUGUCCUCUGGAGGCGGGGCUUCACAGUAGUUGCAAAGUGACCAUUCAGGAAUGUGAGGAAGGAACAGAACCAGUAGGCUUCUGGGAAGCCUUUUCAAGGCGGGACCGGAAAGCAUAUGACUGCAUGAUUCAUGAUGUAGGGAAGUUUAACUUCACACCACGACUGUACCAGCUGAGCAGCACUUCUGGGGAGUUUGCUGCUGUGGAGUUUGGGUGUCCAUACAGAGAGGCAAGCCUGGUCAACUCCAUGCCCUUCCAUCAAGAGGAUCUGUACAAUGCCUCUCAGCCAGCUCUUUUUUUGGUGGAUAAUCACCAUGAGGUGUACCUGUGGCAGGGAUGGUGGCCUCAGGCCAGUGAUAACACAGGCUCCGCCCGCAUCCGAUGGGACUCGGACAGGAAGUGCGCCAUGGAAACUGUGCUCCAGUACUGCCGAGAGAAGAAUGAGAAGAAGCCUCCAAAAGCUUACCUGAUUCAUGCCGGACUGGAGCCCCUCACCUUCACAAACAUGUUUCCCUGCUGGGAACACAGAGAGGAUAUCGCUGAGAUCACAGAGAAGGAGGCAGAAGUAUGUAAUCAGAUCAUUCUCGUGGAGGACGUCUUGACCAGACUUUGUAAGACCACAUAUCCCCUGUCUGAACUUAUGGACAGGCCCCUCCCAGAAGGUGUCGACCCUCUGCGCCUUGAGACGUAUCUGUCAGAUGAAGACUUUGAGGGUGUGGGGGCCUAUGGGAAGAAAGCCUUGGAGAUGACCAGGAGUGAGUAUGAGGUGCUGCCGGGAUGGAAGCAGGUGAACAUGAAGAAAGCCAAAGGAUUGUUCUAGAAGCAUUCGGAGUCACACAUGCAGUGAUGUUCGUGGUGGUACAGGGGGCGUGAGAAGGCGCGCACACACAUGGCGACAGAUUAUACUCCCUUUCUACCUGGACCCUCUGAAGCACAGGGGUGAAUUUACUCCUGUGAGGGAGCAGUAAGAAGAAGAUCAAGAUGUGGAUGUUAAGGAAUGGCAGAGGUUUACCAGCCUCUUGUAACAUAUAUCAUCUUUUUCUCCUUGAUCUGUUUUCAUCAUAUGUCUCAUACUUUUGAGUGAAUUGUGGAAACCAGUGUUUCCUUGAUGGAGCUUUUGUAUCUUUCAGUUUUUUUUUUUUUCAGUUCAGACAUCCAUUCCGCUCAACAGCCCUGCAGCCAGCUGGCCCCCUCUGCAAACAGAAGAACCAUACUUCCUUGCAGGCUUGCUUUGGACAUAAUUGCCUGUAAUAAUUUGUCCUUGUAGAAAGACAUUACAGGGACUAAGCAGGAAUAAGUGUACAGUUAGAAAUCUGAAGUGUUGUACUAAUGAUAAUGGUCCCAGUCUGCACGUCUUCGUGCCAUAACAAAUUGUGUGUGUGUGCGCAUGUUGGGGUGGGGGUGGGUGUGUGUGGGGGUGUGUGUGUUUUGUCUUUGUCUGUAUGGUAAAUGUGGGUUUGGUUUUAUUAGCAUGAAUUUAAAGAAGAUUGGUGAAGAAGAGCUCAGAUUCUACAGUGUAUAGUGCCUUUGCGUUCAUGUACAGUUUAUAUAAUGAAAUAUUAUAGUCUGAAGUUUUAAGACUUUUGUGAAUAUAUAAAUAACACUAGAGGGAAAUAAACAGUGAACAGUGUAUAUCUGC